AUGGUAUCGACGUAUAGUCAACCUCCUUCGUUUUCUCACAAUCUGCCACCUUCGGAUAACUUUGAUACCACAAUCACGACUAUAAGUAGAUUGAAUCCUAAUAAUCUGAAUUGCAACAGCAACGGUGACGGCGGAAUUCAAGGGAGCUUAAACGAACAACUGCAUACACAACAGAACUUUCCCGCUGGCUCACGUCACUUAACUUUCAACAGGGUUCCAAGUCAGCGUAACGGUGACUUUAGAAAGUCCUCUCAGACUUCCACCACGGCUUCAAAGACGGAAUACCAGCAUAACCAUCAGUUAUUAACGAAUUGCCGUCAAAAUAAUUUUGGUGUCAACUCGAAUUAUGUUAAAAACAAAAAUAUGACCCGCAAUACAAAUAAUAACAAGGUGUUAAAUAAUGUUAAAUGGUCUGAUUGUAAAAAAUCAAAAGAUCCAGAAAAAUCAAAAAAACCCGCAUUGGAAGAAAUUCAUAAAGAUCCUUUGGCUGCCACGGUCUGGCGAUUAUAUACAAAAGCAAAAGACGCCUUACCAGAUGGAAUUCGUGUCGAAAAUAUGACUUGGCGUAUGAUGGCUGUCACUUUAAGGCGGAAAAAUCUUGAAAAAGAGCAAUUGAUACGACCACCAUCCAACAAUCGUAAUUAUAACAAGGUUCCCACCACAAAUAUUGCAACUUUCCGUUCCUCGAAUUCGAAAAGGUCUUCCAAAAUUUUAGGGUGUAAACAAACCAAGGUUGAACCUACCAAUGAAAAGAAUAAUGUACAUGGAGGAAUAAGCAUGAGUGAACAAUUUGAUGUGGAGAUGGGGGAUUCAUUUUCGGAUGAUGACGGUUGUGAACGUGAUUUACCUACUAGCACCUCCGUAGACCAUUUAGAAGAUCAUAAGUUUGAAGAAAUGUUUGUAGAUGAUGCGCAUCUAGUAAAUUCCCCAUCAGAUACUAGUACAAGUAAUACGGAUGAUAAUCAUUCUUCAUAUACGUCAUCCCCUUCGCCCGUUCUCACUUCAAAGACUUCGGCUAUUCCUAUUCCCGUAGUCUCUUCGUCAGCAGCUCAUACGACUCCAAUUACCCCUUCAAAUGAACUUGAAUUCAAUUUUAGUGGUACUAAUGCUACAGAAGACUUCUGUUUCUCCCAUCCUUCCUUCUCGUUAAAUAGGAAGAAUUAUGUAAACUUUCCUGGGAAAACUUCAAACCUUCAAAUGCGUCCGAUAGCAAUUCCCGUGUCUAGAGGGGUUUCCAACAUGAAUAAUUCGGUUGGAAAUUAUCCCUUCAAGAAGACACAAAGACAGAGAUCCGCCAGUUUGAUUCUUCCAGUAUCUAGUAUAACAAUACCUAAUGAUACUGCCGAUGACUCUGACAUAGAAUUACCAGAUUCGAUGUCGUCGUCUUUGACCAGCGCGUCGACUAGUACGCAAUAUACGUAUACGCCUUAUAAUCCUCCGUAUGAUCACCAUUCGAUGGAUUAUGCUGGGGCUUCGUCAGCUCUCUUGAGCUCAUCGGCUCCUCAUUCUUAUCCUUAUUUCGGCGAAUUGACCAAUCCUGCUGAUAUGAAUAAUUCCGCGCAAAUACCAUAUCAGUCAUCCGCUCGUCCGGUAGAUAGUGGAGGGUUUUAUUUCGGUGACUGUGAUCUUGGUACGAAUGGAGAUUCUACAGCGGCAUCAGUUUUCGAUAUGGUCAACAUUUAUUACGUAAACGGUCCUAAUAAUCAGUUAAACUUGUCCUCGCUAUCUCACGUUAAUCCAUCUCAAUUGUUCAGCACAUCCCCUUCAUCUAUUUCAUAUGAUUUACCGUCCAAUGAUCAUAUUUGUUCCUCAGAAGAAUCUGAUGGUAAAGAUAAAGCUUCAAGUUCAAUGGGAUAUGAUCAAUCAAAUUUAAGGGAAUGGGGUAGAGGUGGUGAAAGGAAUUAUGGUGGUAACAACAAUAUAAAUAGUACCUCCAAGAUAAAAAGAAAUUCAUCAUCUAGCGUUGAUACAAAUAAUAAGAACAUUUCAUCGUCACUGCAAAGUGGUGAGGGGGAAUCAUCCAACGGGUUGACGUCACCGGGAAAAAGACCGAGGUCAUCUUCCCGUGCUUCUUUGACAGCACCGUUAAAAUCCGUUCAAAAUAACAAUAACUCUUCAUCAUCAGCACCCCCAUCUCCCACAAUACCUAAAGAUCCAAAUAACAACAAUGGUGGUAAUUCGUCAAAGAACGCGGUACCGACCACUUGCACGAAUUGUCAUACACAGACGACGCCGUUAUGGCGUCGCAAUCCCGAAGGUCAACCCCUAUGUAAUGCAUGUGGUUUGUUCUUGAAAUUGCAUGGCGUUGUUAGACCUUUGAGUUUAAAGACCGACGUUAUAAAGAAACGUAAUCGAGGUGGCACGGCAGCGGCUGGAAAAAAUCCCGGUAAAAAUGGUGUAAAAGGUAAUAGUGUACAAUUAGGUCCUGGUGGUGCUAGCAUGAGUGUAAUGGGUAAAAGAACAUCAUUUACGGGUAAUAUGAACUCUCGAUCAGGCGUCAUAAAUACACCUGCUUCGGCAUCUGUAUUAUCCACGUCAGCCCCUACCGCACAAUAUUCAAAUAACGCAUUUAGUCCCGGACCAAAUAUUCAGAGCGUACCGAAAAGGCAGAGACGGUUCUCAUCAAGUGAUGACAGACAAUUAUUGAAUGAUCAACAAAUACGGCAUUCACAACAACAGUCACAAAUGAGUACAUCCCUUUCCGGUUCGAGUGUUCGAGCUCAAAUGAUGAUGGCGACGACAAUGCAGCAACAGCAAAAGCAGCAAGAAGAAAUUGGUAAUUCUACCGCAUCUUCAAGUAAUUCUCAACAACCACCACGUCAAUUUCAAACAUCAUCGAAUUCUGCAUCUAAAAACACCAUACCUAAAGUGCAUAGACGAUCAUUACAUCGAUCUCACACAUCAGCACCGAUACUGCAAACGACUUCAAACAAUAAUAACAAUUCACCAUCACCCACAUCCAACAACAAUUUGUCGUCACCUUCAACGAGGCCAACUUCUCAAAGACAAUACCCUUUAUCGCCAUCAUUAUUCAUGCAUUUUGCAUGGCCUGACCAACAAAUAGUCCAAUCCACGUUAGUUUCAUCUGAUGAUGAAAGCUUGGCAAACGGUUAUGCUACACGCCCUAAUGUGUUGAUCCACCAACAAUCGUUUAGUGAUGAUGAAUCUGUGAGUUCGGGAGUAAAUAGAGAUACUGCUAUGGAAUUAGGUUUUAAUUAA